GUGUCUGAACGAGAGUUUGCUGCCUGUAAAAUCCUCCUUUUGCUCCCCCUCUCCCUUCCACGAGUCUCCCCCAGCCCCAAGGCCGUUUUUCCACUGCCAGCACUCCUGCCACCUGCUUCCCUCCCUGCGCUGGUGUUGCCUCCAUCUCCAUCCCCACUGCCCUUACCCUCUUUCCCAGUACCUGCCGUAGAGCUCCCUGCUUUAGCCCGAGGAGCUGCUGGGUUUGCUGGACUGUGCUCGGCCCCUGCCUGCGCGCUGAGGACCGUGUAGUUCCCACGGUGACCAGGGAUGCUCCUCGGGUGUUCCUCCUCCUCCCAUCUCACCCGUCGGCCCUCGUCUCUCCUGCAGGCGACCAAGCAGUUCCUGGAGGAGAUCAACAAGUGGACGGGCCAGUACAAUGUGUCCCCGCUGUCCUGGAACGUGGCCGUCAAGUUCCUUAUGGCCCGCAAGUUCGACGUCCUGCGGGCCAUCGAGCUCUUUCACUCCUACCGGGAGACGCGGCUGAAGGAGGGCAUCGUGAAGCUGAAGCCUCACGAGGAGCCGCUGCGCUCGGAGCUACUCAGCGGCAAGUUCACCAUUCUGAGCGUGCGGGACCCGUCGGGAGCCUCCAUCGCCCUCUUCACGGCCAAGCUGCACCACCCCAGCAAGAGUGUGCAGCACGUGGUGCUCCAGGCGCUCUUCUACCUGCUGGACCGAGCGGUGGAGAGCUUUGAAACCCAGAGGAACGGGCUGGUGUUCAUCUACGACAUGGCGGGCUCGCAGUACACCAACUUCGAGCUGGACCUCAGCAAGAAGAUCCUCAACCUGCUGAAGGGUGCCUUCCCGGCUCGGCUCAAGAAGGUUUUCAUCGUGGGAGCGCCCAUGUGGUUUCGCGUGCCCUACUCCAUCAUCAGCCUGCUGCUGAAGGAGAAGCUGCGGGAGCGGGUGCAGAUGGUGAAGAUGUCGGAGCUGAAGGAGCACCUGCCCCGGGAGUGCCUCCCCGAGUACCUCGGGGGGUCCCUCAAACUGGACCCUCUGAGCUGGAACUGCCGGUUCCUGCCCCAGCAGAACGGGCACCCCGACCCCCUGGACGAGCUCAUCCUGGUGCCGCUGGUGGCCCCCAAAGAUAACGGCUCCGUCCACGUUCCUGGGCCCCACAAGCAGGCGGGGCAUCUACGAAGAGUAUGA